AUGGCUCCCACAGAAAGCAAGAAGCGCCUGGCUCUGGCCAUCAUUGACUUCCUCGGCUCCAGCCUGAAGGACGGCACUCUCACCGCCGAUGAUGCCGAAUCCAUUGAGAUCGCCCAGUCCUGUAUCGCCGAUACCUUCAAGGUCGACCCUACCGAUGAGGCCGCUGUGAAGGAGGCCGUGGGUGGACAGUCUCUUGCCAGCAUUUAUAGCGUCUACGAGAAGCUGCGGAGCAGAUCUACCCCUCAGGCGGCUGCUGCAGGAACCCAGGAAACCCAGGAAACCCAGGAGCAGCAGCCCAAGGCCGGCGCCCCUACCCCGGAAUCUGACAAGCUGAAGUCAGAGGGCAACGCUCUCAUGGCCAAGAAGGAUUACGCUGCCGCCGUCGAAUCAUACUCCAAGGCCCUGGAGAUUGCCCCGGCCAACCCGAUCUACCUCUCCAACCGCGCUGCCGCUUAUUCUGCGUGUGGCCAGCACGAGAAGGCCGCUGACGAUGCCGAGUUGGCCGUUGCCGUUGAUCCCAAGUACUCGAAGGCCUGGAGCCGUCUUGGUCUUGCUCGGUUCGACAAGGGCGACUACCACGCCGCGAAGGAGGCCUACGAGAAGGGUAUUGAGGCCGAGGGUACCGGUGGUAGUGAGGCCAUGAAGCGCGGUCUGGAGACAUGCAGCAAGAAGAUCGAGGAGGCUAGCCGCGCUACUGAGCCCCCAUCCGAGGAUCUGGAUACUGCCCCUGGCGCUUCCCGUGGCGCUGGCGGCAUGCCCGACUUGUCUUCCCUGGCUAGCAUGCUCGGCGGCGGUGCUGGCGGUGGCGGCGGUAUGCCUGACCUGGGCUCCAUGAUGAACAACCCCAUGUUCGCCAGCAUGGCUCAGAAUCUGAUGGGUAACCCCGAUAUGCUGAACAACUUGAUGAGCAACCCCCAACUCCGUCAGAUGGCCGAGAGCUUUGGUCAGGGUGGCGGUAUGCCCGAUAUGUCGAGCCUCAUGAGCGACCCCAACAUUGCUGAGAUGGCUCGCAACAUGAUGGGUGGUGCUGGCCGUGGCCAGUAA